AAUUGUAGUGCCAGACCUAAAUUCCUCCUUCAUCUGAGCUACACACCCCAACACAACACCGGGAACCGUACGCCUGUACAACCCCUAAUUCUACGGAGGGACCACCGUGUCGGUGUGCGGGGCAGAUCCGCCAACUACCAAAGCUGCAUUUGUCGAGAAGGCUGUCGCAUUAAAGACGUUCUUCUAACGAACGCAUCUCACGAUUUUCUUGGAGCAGUUAGCCAGCAAGUGGCUAACGUUAGCUAGCCUGCCAAAAGAUAUCAACGGCAAUGCGUGGCAAGGGGUGUUGCCGUUGAUAAUCUUUCAUCAAAUUUGAACUGUCUGAUGUGCCCUGCUAGUCGGGAUAUGAUCCAUUUAAACAGCUGAAUGACAUGCUCGUAAAGUAAGCUUCUCCCAGCGUCAGACACCUCCGUCACGGCUAUUUCAGAGUGAGUUUCUAAGAUCACCUCACCGCGCUGAUUUGUAUCGGGAAAUCCUACAAACAGCCAGACCUACGGACCCUUCCUAGCCAUGGCCCCGAAGAGAAGACCCGUUCCCCUCAACAUCACUCCCAUCGGUGAAGGACAGGCCACCUCCACUACAAUCGAUGCCGCAGCCGAGGCAAACCUGGAGGCCCUCCAGAAGAAGCUAGGUGAACUGGACCUGGACGAACAGCAGAGGAAGAGACUGGAGGCCUUCCUCACCCAGAAGGCCCAGGUGGGAGAGCUGAAGGACGACGACUUCCACCCCAUCUGCGAGCUGGGCGCGGGGAACGGGGGCGUGGUCAACAAGGUCCGCCACAAACCGUCCAGGCUUGUCAUGGCACGCAAGUUGAUCCACCUGGAGAUCAAGCCGGCCAUCAGGAACCAGAUCAUCAGAGAGCUGCAGGUGCUUCACGAGUGCAACUCUCCCUACAUCGUGGGGUUCUAUGGAGCCUUCUACAGCGACGGAGAGAUCAGCAUCUGUAUGGAGCACAUGGACGGAGGCUCGUUGGAUCAGGUGCUAAAGGAGGCCAGAAGAAUCCCAGAGGAGAUUCUGGGCAAAGUCAGCAUAGCUGUGCUGAGAGGACUGGCCUACCUGAGGGAGAAGCACCAAAUCAUGCACAGAGACGUCAAGCCCUCCAACAUCCUGGUGAACUCUCGCGGGGAGAUCAAGCUGUGCGACUUCGGCGUGAGCGGCCAGCUCAUCGACUCCAUGGCCAACUCCUUUGUUGGCACUCGCUCCUACAUGUCGCCGGAGAGGCUGCAGGGGACCCACUACUCUGUCCAGUCUGACGUGUGGAGCAUGGGCCUCUCCCUGGUGGAGCUGGCCCUGGGUCGCUACCCCAUCCCGCCGCCUGACGCCAAGGAGCUGGAGGCUAUCUUCGGACGGCCCGUUCUGGACGGGGCCGAGGGCGACACGCAUAACUCCACCCGGCCCAGACCGCCCGGACGGCCAGUCAGCGGCCACGGUGUGGACAGCCGACCGGCCAUGGCCAUCUUUGAACUGCUCGACUACAUCGUCAACGAGCCCCCGCCCAAGCUGCCCCUUGGAGUCUUCACCUCAGACUUCCAAGAGUUUGUGACUAAAUGUCUGAUCAAGAACCCAGCAGAGAGAGCUGACCUGAAGAUGCUAAUGAGCCACACCUUCAUCAAGAGGGCUGAGGUGGAGGAGGUGGACUUUGCAGGCUGGAUGUGUAAAACCAUGGGGCUCAACCAGCCCAGCACCCCCACACGCAACGCAGAGUGACCUGCCCUUCUCUGAACUGCUGCAGCGCACGCACGCAACUCACACACACACACCCACGCAACGCACACACACAUGCAAAGCAGAGUGUCCUAUCUUUUUCUAUGAUCAGCUGCAGCGCACACACACACACACACACACACGUUCCUGUUCUGCUUCAGUCCAGCUUAGUAAAAGGUUUCCUGGUAAAGUCUAAGUAUUUUUAACCCUCAUGGUUCACUGGCAGAUCACAUGAUCCUAUUCUAUAUCCGACACCUCAACUCACCCCCUCCUCCUCUUCUUCCUGCCUCCUCCCCUCCUCCUUCACCUCCUUCCCUUCUUCCUGCCCCACUCCACCUCCUUCCCUUCUCCUCCUCCUCCUCUCCUACCACUCUUCUAGGUAAGGAGGGGGACUUCCCAUGUAGGUAAGGGUUGCCAUGGGUUGUUGCCUGGCGACCCUCCCCUGCCCUCUUAAACCCCUGUAUUAAUGGGGGAGGCGUUAGACCCGAGGAGGGGGGAGAGAGGAGGGGCGGGGGUUGGUAGGGGGUGAACCAAAGAGGGUUGUCAUGACUACUGUAGGAUGGUUGUGAAUGAGAUAUGCUAACUGACAGGGGCGCGCCAGUGAGAGGAUCUUAUCUCGAGAGGGCCGAUUGGCGGUUCUGAUUGUAUGGGCCCCUGGUUUCCAUGGUUACCCUGCGGUGGGCGUGCUCUGUCCGCUGCCAUGGAGACACGCAAGGGAGAGCUUGAAUGCGUGUUGUCCUUGGUUACAAGGAUGCCGGUGUACCAUGGCUACAAUAACCCUUUCCUCUGUGUUUAUGCCUAAGAACACUUUAAUACCAUGUCAUUAUUUACUUUAACUGUUUAUUUAAACGAAUGCCUGAACCAUUUGUCAGUUUAACCAAAUGUCUGAAAUCACAUUGGCUACUCAACCUGUUUGUGGUCAGGUCCCUCUGACCAGUUUCCCUCUGCAGUGCUGAAUCAUGUUCACCUGUUCAGCUCUCUGAAUCAUGUUCACCUGUUCAGCUCUCUGAAUCAUGUUCACUUGUUCAGCUCUCUUGAGUCAGCGAUACUACUCUUUAAUCUGCGAGGGGCCUAUCUGAGCUGCCCCCCUCCAGCCAACCCCUGGACCUAUCGGAACUCUCCUAACAUGCAUCCCACCAGUCCUCCUGAGGAACAUGUGCUGAUUGGCUAAUCUCUAGUGUAACCGACCAACCUGAGGGAACUGUAAGGGAGGGAGGGAGAGAGGGUGGAUGGAUGGAUGCAUGUAGAGAGUAUUGGGGUAUUGAAUCCCCCCCCCCCCCAUUGAAUUCACUGGUCUCCUAUGUGUUUGAAUGAUAUAUACAGAGGAUGGAAGUACUAUUUUGCAGUCUUAAUUAAGAAAAAAAGUUCUGUUUUUGAUUUAUGAAAAGUAAUAAGGGAGAGGUCAUUUUAUUAUAACAUGAAAAAGUGUUGGAUACGGUCAUGUACAAAAAAAAAAAAGGAAAUAAAUCUGAUUUGUGAAUGUA